CAAUCAGCACAAGUCAUUUAUACUCAGCAUAGUCUGUCUUUUAACCCAGGGGGGAUACUUUCUCAAGUUUUCAACCUUUUUUUUUUAUCAAUAUUAAUCUUUUAUGUAUGUAAUAGUUGUUGGAAAAAAAUGAAUUACACUUGUCAGGUACAUUUAUGAAUAGAUACUUUAUUUAUCCCCAAACCUUAAAACUACUCCAAAAGCAAUACUCCUCAACAAAGCAUUUCUGUGCCCUCAACCUUAAACAGCAGUUCCGUACAUCAUUAUCUUGUAGCACUCACUCCCAUUAUGAUUGAGAGUCAUCUCCAGACUCCAGGCCCAGUCAAGUUUGCCUACUAUAAAUCAUGCACUGCUGAUUUUUUUCAUAUGGUUUUAUGCAAUACUCUGUAUAUUAUGCUGCACUCUACACCUGGGGUGUCCAACAUAUGACUCAGGGGCCAAAACUGGCCAGCUAGAGGGUCCAGUCAGAAUUACAUCGAAGACAUUAACUUUUUCAAUGAAAGUAACUGCUCUUCUCAUUUUGUUUGCUCUGUUUCAGUAGGAUUUACAGAUAUCACAACGCUGUUUAUGUUUACUAUUGUUCGACUCUUGUGUAUUAUUAUUCAUAAUAAAUGAAUUACCAAAAAAUGUUGUAAUUAUGAAUUUGUAUCUAUUUACUGUCCUGCUCGUUAUGGUUUUCUUUGUAGUAGAUUCAUAUUAAUGCGCCUCCUCCCAACACUAGUGCUGCGCACAUACAAUCGUGAUUACGGUACUGCAGCGUCGUUGCCAUGACAACUCGGAUACGUUCGUCUUCUCCGUAUCCGAAAAACAAACCGAACAGAGAAGUACAACGUGAGACCGCUUUCCAUAAAAAUGACAAAUACAACUACCGUGACGGCACAAAAGUCUGUCCUCUGAAGCUGCUGCAACUACUCUGGGACUUUGAGUGCAGGCGGUGAAUACAGGCAGCGUUAACGAUGGAAGCUCCGCCGGAAGACCAGAGCCCUGUCGGUGUCACAGCGGAGACUGAAGGGCGCAACCAUGGACAGGAGCUGAAAGCCUCCGACGAAGCCAUCGCAUUCAUGUCCAGCAUUGAGCCCGCAGAGCUGGUGAAGUGUUUGUUUCCAGACACUCUGGUGACUGUGUCAGAGGGCGGCAGAGACCUGGGGAAGUUCAGUGUGACGCUGGAGUUUGCUCAUAGAGUACAGCAGCCCUGUUUGCUGCUGCACGCUCAAAGCCAUGGGUCCAUUGAUGACUUUCCCUGUGGAACAACGGUGACAGCCUAUCUAACUACGGACCUGGAGGUGCUGGAGGAAGAUUACCACGAGUAUGUCAAGCUUCAGGGCCAAAGUUUGGACAGGAGGUGUCACAUGGUGCAGCAUGAUGGACAGAUGAUGAUCAGUAAAGUUACCACUGUGGGAGAAGAGUCGACCAAGGAAAACGUUACCUACCCCAUGUGCGUCCUAAGAGGCCUGGUAACUGAGGGUUCCAGUUUGCUGCUGAUGCGUCUCAUUGCUCUGAGGAAGAAGGUGCCAGAACACAUGACCUUUGUCUCCUUGGACCAGCGACUGCACGUCAUCCACAGCACCAUUAGUGGGCUGGGUCUGAAGCAGAUGGAGGUCGGGAGUGAGAUCCUAGAGGUAUUUGGGGUGGAGAGGAUUAUUCACUGUGUGGAAGACAGCCCAACUACCUGGCACUGCUACUUCCUGGAUGAUGGGCACCUGGUCAGCAGGGUGCAGGUGGGAUCACCAGUGACUAUGAGGCUUCUACAGCUGCCAUCGAAGAUAGGAAAAGGUUUUCAGAAGAUCCCUCUCGUGUGGGAAGAAGACAUGCAGAUGCGUUCUGAGUUCCUGGAUCGAAAGGAGGAGCUGAAGGCACACCACACCUCAUACCUGAGACGGCAUCCUGAGAUCCGAGCUCUCAUCUCUGACUUCCUACAGUUCUUGUUGUUGAGGAAACCAGAUGAUGUUUUCCAGUUUGCUAGAGAAUACUUCCUCCCUUUUGCCUCUCACAGUCCUCCAGAAAAUAAUGCUCAGUCACCCUGAAACCACACCCGAGAGCACAUCUUACACACCUCAAGAACUCUUUUUUACAACUUCCUGUUAACUUAUCUUUUCUUCGAUGAUCGAUGAGUAAUGAUGUAAAAAUAAGAGGUAGAAGUGUGAAGAAGUAGAGUUCAAAUCUGAGACUGUGUGGUAUUUACAAAAAAAAAAGUUUUAAAUAAAGCGGCUUGCUUCAAACGCAGUGUUUGUAAAUUGCU